CCCAGAAAGCCUGUUUGGGUUGGCUGAAUCCUUCCACAGUGGUUUAACAAAUGACUUUACAGAGAGCGAAAUGUAGCCAGAGGAUCAUUAGGGCAGCUGGGCAAUAAUUAACAGAUACCCGUGAGUUAAAGGCCAGUUACCAGGGCAUGUGAGAAGCGCUAGGGGAAGAGCAUGGCAAGAUGCCCGCAGAGCCCUGAGGGGACAGGGCGAUGGCAGGGACCUCAUGGGGCACAGAGGGGUGAUGCUCCUGCUCUUCCUGGUCCUUUCCCCGCCCUGUUGCAAAACCAGGGGCUGCCCCAGGCUGUGUUUGCAGGCUCACGGGAUGACUGGGGGCUGUGUGCAUGGCUGGGGGGUGCCUUUCCCCCGGGACAUCCCCUGCGCCUGCUUCCAGCACAGCUCUGGGCUGUGCCUGCAGCAAGGAUCCCUUCGGGAAGCGUUGCACAAGGGUCCCCGGGAAGGCUUCUCCUGGAGGCCUGUGCCUGCGCAGGAGCGGGCAGACCCCCCAGGACCAGCUGCCUUCAUUUUGCCCCCCACAGCCCAGGUGCAACCACACGGGGCGGUUGUGCAAGGCAGCACCAGCUUUUUGAGCAACGGAGCCGUCCCAUCCGUAUCUUGUGCAAAAGGCUUCCGGAAAACACAGGGGGAAAAGGCACAAACGUCGACAUCCCCCAGCCUGCUUCCCACCCCCAUCCUCCCCCAGGAAUUUAAGUGCCAGCAUCCCCCAGCGACCGCACACAUCUCCCAGGGGCUGCGGCAGCAUGAGGUCCGUGGCUGCCCUCCUCCUCGUGGGGAUGCUCAUCGCCUGGAUGGAGCUGCCAGCAGUGUGAGGGCCCGGCUUCUCCGCAUCCCCGUGCCACCUCCGGUACCAGCCCGCUGCUCGCAGCCCGGGGAGGACUGUCCUGCUGGGGACAGGGACGGGGACAGCUCCUUGCCCACGCUCUGAAACCUCCCUGGCUGCCGAACCAGCUGCCACAGGAUGCUGCCUGCUCUCUGCUCCCUCUCUCUUUUCCCUUCCCUGCUGCUGUUACAAAUAAAGGAACUUGUUCCAGGAGG